GUGAGGAAGGAAGGAAAGGUGUAAGGGAGAGGAAAGGAGUGUCCCCCUGAAGAGACCGCGUGGCGGCCGUCGAAACCGGUCGGGGUGCCAUACCCACCGGCGCGGCGGUCGAAACCGGUCGAGGUGCCAUACCCACCGACGAUGACGACGUUGUAAUUUGUACUUGUGUACUUGGUGCACGAUUUUGGUUCGACUACAGUUUGCUUUGGUUUCACAUACUGUUUACAGUUUGCUUGCUUUCGCACACUGCUUUGUCUUCCAUAUCCAUACAACAAACUAUCGAAGGCGCAUGUGAACUUGCCUGGAGACACACGCUGGGCUUGAGUGAGCAUGUUAUGGUCUAGGAGAUGAUUACAAAUACACAGUUACAUAUACGACUACAGGUUUGAAGAAGAUCGCGGAGCGAGCGUAUAUCGGACACUAUAUCGAAUUGAAGAGGAGGGAGACCUUUAGCCAACCACAUAGCAAGUGCUAGUGGAGCUAUGGCGGACAGAAGAGCCAGAGCACAUAGCAGGGAACCACCAAGAGAUGGGAGAAGUCGGGAAUACAACCAUGAGCGCGACGAGAGUGGACGCGGAAGAUCGAGAGGCGAUGAGCACAGUAAGCGCGACUACCAUCCAAGGGGGAAGAGCCGAGAUGACUACCAGAGGUCAUAUCCAUACGACAGUAGUGGGGGAUCAUGGGACCAUACAAGGAGAGCACCACCUACUUGCUUCGACUGAGGUGAGCUGGGACAUUAUCGAAACCAGUGCUGGAAGAGAACGAGUGAAGGAGGCUUACAUGGUGUUGGUAGCUCAUCGGGAGCACAGCCGUUAGGGACUAAGCAAGACGACGAAACACUUAAGCAACUCGAAGCUAUUGGAUCUACCGUCGCUACUUUCAAAGAACACUUAGAGCAAGAGAAUAGGAAGAAGGAGGAGAAGCAGAGGAGGAAAUUGGAGCGAGAGGAGAAGGUGCGUUUGGAGGCAGAGGAACGCAGAUGUGAGGACGAGAAAAAGAGACAGGAGGAAGGGGGCGAGGCAAACCAAAGAACGGCGUGCAGAGCAGAAAAGAGCAAAGAAGAGACAGGAGGAAGAAGAACGCGCCGAAUUCGCCAAAUCGCUUAGGGUGCAUAUGGCGAUGUGCAUGGGAGGUAUGCGCGAGGAGAUGCAAGAUCAAUUCAAAUGAGGUAUGGCCAUGCUACAGGCGACGACACGUGGCAAACAAGGGGCAUCACCGACAGUAUCAGGCGAAUCUUUCACAAGCGGGCGCACGAACAGCGAAAUCGAGGAAAUAAGUGAUCGAACCGAGAAGCUGCAAAUCUCGAAAAAGAGGAAGAGGAGUCCGGAACCACCAAACCAAGGACGCUUAUCGCUGUCAAAUCGGCGCACGACCAGAUCACGCUUGAAGCCUGUCAAGUUGGCAGCGAAACUGCACGCUACAACGAGUAAACUGCGAAGCAAGACAGCGGAGAUGACCAAUAAACAAGUGGCAUUUCGUCCGAUGGAGACACGUGCGAAGAUGAAGGCAAGAAAGACGCCGACCAAGUUCUCACCGAAGAAAGGCACACUGAAAUGUAAGAUUCCAACAUCAACCGAGAAAGGCGGAAAGGCUAAGUACAUCGGGGAUAACAUAAGGCAGUUGGAGACGCGUACAGCAACCGAUUUAAAGCGGAUUUGCCGGCGCACUGAGGUCGAAUACGGUAACAAGCUCGUCGCAGCAGUGAAUAUUGCUGAGAAACUGGCACAGGAGGCGUACGGAGAAAACGACAACGACGGCGAAGCCGAGAACGUUACCUUGAAGACAGGGGAAGAGGAACGCAAGACGAUGGUAGAGUACGGCGGUAAUUUAGAGGAGAUGUUGUGCGCUACAGUUAUUAUGCUGACCACCGAAGGAUGGGUGAGAUGGCUUACGAAAUUCGUGAAAACAUGGGAAUCAAUGUACAAGGAUUGGGGCACGACGUUCUUAGCAAAGUAUACCGGGAUCUACGUGUUGGCAUCACCAAAAUGCAGGGCACAAUACAUCGGGCGGACUGGUAGGGACAUGGGGACGAGAUGGAGAGAACAUACCUCGGCGACCAGAAGAGGAGAAAAGACCACGCAUCUAUACAAAUGGUGGAGAUCUUUCGGCGCCGAAUCAUACGUGAUCCUACCAGUCGAUGCAGGAGCAAAGGAGGACCUAGCACUACUCGAGCAAAUGUACAUCAAAAGGUGGUCACCUGUACUGAAUACGUGCGGGAAGAUCAAGGGCAGCGCGAGGAAGAGAGGCAACAACAGGAAAGGGAAAUGGGAAAGGAACAGGGACGCACUGCAUCAACCCGAAGGGAGCACGGUACGAGUGGUGCGAUUUAAGUGUAGUAAAGAUGAUGAGUGGAGUGUGAGCGCGCUGAACUUACUCAAACAUUUGGAGAAGGUGGGGAAGAGGCAGUUCAUACUACAUUCAACGGGUGGGAACAGCUGGGCCGAUGGAUGGAAAAAGGUGAAGAGCAUGUUCGGGAGAUCAGCCGUAAGAUGUGACGGACGGGACACAACACUCACGAAGUGUAAAAGUAUCCUGGACAAGGGAGGGAGUAUCGAUGUGCGAUACCUGCGUGAAUGGCGCCCGCGUAUCGGGACGGACAAGAAGACUCUGAUCCAACUGCUGCGCGAUCCUAACAAGAUGCACUUGAUAAGAGCAACGGACGAGGAUGUAAGAUUCCGAUGGUACAAAGCCGCGAAGGACUUUCAGAAGAAGUCAAUUAGAUCUUACCUGAGGAGGAUCAUAGCGCGCGUCAUCAAGGAAACAAGCGGAUGGAAAAUGAGCGCUGAUAUCGUGGUGAAGAUCAAGUCUCCCAUACCCAAGGGUGAGAAGCACGUACGUUUCCGACUGCACGAGCUGGAAGACAUUCAUCUGAUGAUGUUGAACGCCAGGAAUAUUCCUAAAGCACGUCACCCGGACCGAGUAGGACUGCUGAAGGAAGAGAUCGAAGCAGUAUUCCAGACAUGGGAGAAUCAGAACCCGGAAGACAUCGUGACAGUAUCCUGGGCAAGCGCAAAGAAGUGUAUGGUGGGAGGGACAGACGAAGGAGAUAAUUUCCUCGAUAUUGCCGAGGUAAAACAGGUGAAGGCGAGGUUGAGCAAACUGGUACUAUGCCCGCUGGAUCGUUACCAAGGGGAAACCCUGGUCAUGUGCCCGCUUCUAUACUUCGAAGCGAUGAUGGAGGGCUUUGUAACGAAUUCAGGAUACAAAGUGAUGAGUGAGCACCAAGAAGUCAGCAUCAUGGAGGACGUCAGAUUGGCGAUGAAGAAGGAAGGGAUUGAACAGUUUGCGAAGUUAGACAUGAAGGGAUCAUUCGGGGAAGCCUACGUCCAUCCGAAGCACAAGGAUCUGGACCGUUUUAGGCCGAUCUGUCCAUCAUACGCGGACCCGGCCACGAAGACAGCGAGUUGCGUGGCGAAGGCUCUCAACCAUGUCCUGUUUAACAUUCCAGAGAAAUGGCACUUCAACAUGUGCUCUGUUAACGAAGUUCCACGGCAAAUUGAACGUUUCAACAACGCGAACAUUUGCAAGGAGGAGGAAGAUCUACUCAUGGAGGCGAUGUCAUACGACAUCAAGGAUAUGUUUAGCAAGCUUCCUCAUGCCGACAUCAUGGAAUCGGUUAAUUGGAUCAUCGACAUGUACAGGGCGAAAGGAAAAACGUGGAUCAGGGUGAAUACGAGAGGUAAAGGCUGUACGUUCGGGAUAACUACUGGAGCAGAUCAUUGGAGGAAGAUGGAGUUGGAGGAGAUUCGAAACUUUGUUCGAGUAGAUCUCGAGCACACUGCUAAGCGCAGGCAAGCCCACGAGGUGAUAAGGAUUAAGGAGGAGUUUGAGAAGUGUUACCCUCCUAAUCUGACUCUGAAACGUACGGACAACGGGUCAGGGACAUGGGAUUUCCUAGGCAUGGAGAUGAGACUGAUGAAGAGUUACCCAUACCUGGGUUGCGUGCAGAUGUCCAAGAACGAGAAGGCUGUAUGGGAGGGCGAGAGUCUGAAAUUCAAGAACGGACAGAUGUUCGGAUCUUGGGGGAACAAACAACAGAAGGGGGCGGUUUUGGCAAGUUAUCUUCAUCGAAUCGAUACCAACACGACAAUCAGGUCCGAGAUUCCAUGGAGAGUCUUUGUGCUGUGUCAGGAAAUGAAGAAGAAGGACUUCCCCGAUACAUUUGUGCAGAGGACGCUGCGAAGGUUCAGCGUUGGGAAAGUAGAGAUCUGGCAAACAACAAGGAAAUGGAUAUGUAACGAGAUCUAGAUGCUAUCGGGUAUAAGGGAGACAUGUUAAUUAGUUCGAUGCUUGUAGGAAGUAGGAAUAUCUCUCGUUUCCCGUAUUUGUGUUUGUGUUUGUUUUGAUGGCUACUGGAAUUCGAUAGGAUAGUAUAGGUACUACGGCGGUUGUCGGAAGAUGGGACGAAUGUGUGAGGGAUCAAAUUGCCGAUAGUAAAUAGGGGCCACUGUAAACUUGCUGAGAUAGAUGAGACAGGCGCAGGAAUGUGGUGUAUGAAUGAGAUGCGAGUUAUUUCUUUUUAUCUGUGUCAAGUGUAGUAGGAGAGACACUGGGUUAGGAUGCAGUACAGCACCUAUCCCAGCAUCUACCCCUGUAGUAUACCUUUUUAGCAAUACUUUGUCCUUUGUGAGUUUCAAGCGAAGUAAGAUAGAUGCUGGGAUAGGGUGCAGCACCGAGAUUCGAACACGCACCUAUCGUACCAUCUAGUACCCUUGUAAUAGAUACGUUUUGGAGUUAGCGCUAUGUAAGCGCCUUGGUUUCGAACACAGGAUCUGCUUGACGUUGAAUGCUGAGUGUUUUGUUUUGUUUAGCUGGCGCCGUCGGUAUAACCGAGAGGCCGACGGUUUGAAUAUAGGGUCAUUCCAUUUUUUCUGGUUAGUUUUCUUUCGGAGCAUAUUUCGGCACAUAGGACGUCAGAAUGCUUGUCAGGGUACGAGUGACGAGAGUAGACCUCGAGAUACUCAGGCAACAUAGGACAGAUUAGCCACACAGGUAUAAGUACAAUGGCGACUUUGUUAAACGUCUUUCGGGACUUGCGGUUGACUACUCAGAGAUGGGUAACGCAGGCGUAAGUGGGAGUGAGGAAGGAAGGAAAGGUGUAAAGGAGAGGAAAGGAGUGUCCCCCUGAAGAGACUGCGUGGCGGCGGUCGAAACCGGUCGGGGUGCCAUACCCACCGGCGCGGCGGUCGAAACCGGUCGGGGUGCCAUACCCAUCGCACACUGUUUACAGUUUGCUUGCUUUCGCACACUGCUUUGUCUUCCAUAUCCAUACAACAAACUCGAUAAAAAAAUUUAAAAAAAUAAUAAAUUUGUUCAGACUCC